AUAUGACAACGUAUUCAGACAUACAAUUUGUUUUGAGUUGAACAUAGUAUGUGUUUUCAAAAUGUGUGGUUUCAUUUGUAUGCAGAUAGCUAAUUCAGAUCCUUAUCUGUGUGAUACGUCGAUGUGUUGGUAAUGCCUAGGGGCUCCAGUAGGGGGAUCGCGCUCCUCUUCCUCAUUCAAUACAGACGAGUGAAGGAAAGAGCUGCGUGUGUGUUUUUCUCAUCCUUCUCCCGUUACUAUUCCCCUUUUUAAGGGUACAACAUUUGGAGGCACCGCUGGGAUGUUUGGCUUGAGGACCAUCCCUGAGCUCUAAGUGGAAUCCUCGCAUCCAUCAUCCCAUAAAACAACCCAGGCAUCAGAGAGAAGAGUCUGACAAGGCGGUCAAGGUGGUCUUCGGACAUAUACUGGCAACUUGUAUCCUGAAGUGAGCAAAAGUGACCACUAGGGAAAAGAAAAAAAACCAAUUAAGUCAGAUAAACACUUACUUUACUGCUUGUGCCAACUCUUCUGCUAAAAUGGAGUCUGAAUUGGAGAAGCUGCAACUGGAGAUUAAAGGAAAAUUGUACCAACUGACUGUCAAACAGCUGAUUAAAUUAUGCAACACACUUCAGAUUUUGGGAUCAGGAACAGAACAUGUGGCUGGUAAAACUCGCAGUCAGUUAAUUUCUCAUGUAAUAGAGUAUCUUGAGCGGGAAGAACUGGCCGACCUGGAGGAUGAGGGCAUGUCAGACCUCCUUAAUGUUCAGGACAUAAUAGACAAAAUCCAUAUGGCAACAAACCUAAGUGAAUGUGAAAUCCUAAGUCAAAUUGAUGAACAGGAAAACCUCCAGAAAGAGGUAGAGGCGUUGAGGCUGUCACUGAAAGAAAAAGAGGAUGCAAUGCAUGGCCUAAUGAAAUCAAGUACGAAGAACCCUGCCAGUCCCAGCAAAACAGCAAAGAAUAUGGCCCCAGCACCCUCUAAUGGUUCCAUGUGGCGCAAAGAUUUUAAGAUUUCUGGCCAGAUAGGUGAGCCAGGGCAAAAAGAUAGGCUAACCUUUUCUAGUUUAGCCCGACAAAUUGAAAGUGGGCUCAACAAGGACUAUCCAGAGUCAGAGAUUAUUGAUGCUGUAAUCCACGCCAUCACACCAGGUCUGCAGUUGCGAAGUUACCUUGAAGGGAAAGACAAACUUACCCUGCCUGCCCUUCGCAGGAUCCUCAGAUCCCAUUACCAGGAGAAAGGUGCCACAGAGUUAUAUAAACAACUCACCUCUGAGGUCCAAAACGGUAAGGAGACCCCUCAGAAUUUCCUGAUAAGAACAAUGGACCUGAGACAGAAGAUCCUGUUUGCUUCUCAGGAAGCUGAUUCAAGUCUAAAAUAUGACCCAGCGCUAGUCCAGAGUCUAUUCAUGCACACUGUCCUAACUGGCCUUCAGAGUGACAACAUUAAGAGUGACCUGCAGCCUUACCUCCUGCAAACGAACACUUCAGAUGAGCUGCUGCUGGAGAAAUUAAACAUUGCAUGUGGCAACGAAAAAGAGAGGCAGGACAAAAAGAAACAUGCUGCUCCAUCACGUGUAACUAAUGUGAAUACAGUUCAGUCAAAUGAACUUCCAGUGGAAAAGAAAAGCACCAUCCCACAACGCACAGCUACACUCCCUCCGGAUCUGCUUUCUGAGAUAAAAGAAAUGCGCUCUGACAUGGUCCUGUUGAAGGACUUGAGAACUGAGGUCUCCCAGAUCAGGGAAACCAUCCAAAGAUCCACACCUGCACCCCCACAAUAUCCCCAACCAAGCAGAGAACCAGCAAAUACUCACGCCCCCAUACCCAGUUUUCGCCCCCACAGCCCCCACAUCGUAACAAUGAAUCAGAUCCCAUGCCCUUUUACAGACAGCAGUCACCAACAGUGGUACAGGAGUACCGUCCAGCAUUCGGUCCUGGGCGAAUGA